CUAGUCAGGUUGCCCAAUUCCUCUGCAUCCUGCCAGUUCCUUCCACUUCGAUACACGGAGGCCGAUCAGAUGACUCUGGAGGCGCUCUCCUUCCUCUUGUCUGCAAACAAUGCCUUUGGCAUCUACUCGGAGUCUCCCUUUUUGCGUCCCGUUAUCCUCUUACAGCCUGUAAGGUUCGCCUCCCCAGUUAAUGUACUCUUUAAUCACGCGGAACCCGAGAACAUGGUCCAUAGGUUGCGAGAUCUGGCAGACCAAAAGUUGGCAAACCUCCCCCUGCUGGCUAUCCUCUCGGGAUCCAAGCUGAAUGCCGCUUCUCUGGGUUUCUACACGGACUACCUGACAUACAGUUUCACUCUCACACUUGAUAUCAAUACAGUACGUCUUCUGAUGGAUCAGUCACGACAGCCGAAUGGCUGCACUGACAAAUACCGUCUCAUUCUUCGGCUGGCCUGGGCAACGACCGGACUUUACAUGCCAGGUGACAAGUCCAAUCCCUCUCGCGUUCUGGCCUCUGAGGUGCUACCACGCUGUCUCUCCGUCCGCGUUGGUCGUCGUAAUGUCACCCUUCCUGAUCUCACCUUUCAUGAGGGCCAGGCGCAGAAUUUUGGUCAUCGUCUCCGUUUUGCAAUUGACAUCACAGACAAGAUUCGUCUUCAAUCUAACUCAUCGGUCCGCUGUCAGUAUAUUGACAUUGACUUAACUUGGUUGCAUGCGCCCUUGGAGGACCACGCACUACCUCUGCUUGAAAUGGUGGGCUCCGGAUCCUGCACUCCCAUUCUGAAUCACUUACUAAAUCUUCCCCUUAUUCAAGUUACCCUUGACCGUGUCCAGCCUAUACCGGAGUUCACCCGCAUGUUUUCAUCGGCUGUUGCUGGGAGGCCGGUGACAGACCCCCCUCCUGUUUGUAAACCUUCUCACUUACCAUCUGAGACGCCAGAAGCCCUUAUCGGGGUUUACGAUUUCUGCAAGUCUCCUGAUCGCGUGAUCGCGGCCUCGGAGACUUUGGCAAUGGUGAAGUCUAAACUUACUUCAGAGGAGGAUUUACAGUCCGAUGGAUGGAUUCCUGUCUCGUUACUUUGCCCCCUCGCUCUCACGCGUAUCGAAGUGAGUCCAAGCAUUUUGGGCAAUGUCUUCACAUGA